AUGGGCGAGCGCGGUCCGAACUAUCACAAGAGCCUCAAAAACAUCUUGGGGGCUGACAAUGCCCCCGUCUACAGGAAGCAAUGGGGACCUAGAGCCUCUGGCGCUGAUAGGCCUGAAAGCGUCGGGAUGGAGAUACAGUUUCAAGUGACGCUCAACAACCCCCCGCCCGACGCGCCUCCAGGGGCGGGCGUCGUUGCCGAACAUCCCUCAGCAGAAUCCCCGUACGGGCGCAUGGACUCGCACAGCCCCGGCGGUUCGGGAUACGACUAUAGUCAGGCACUUUUGCAGCUAAAGACCGAGCAAUUCUCCCCCAUGCGCGAGAGCGCCGAGUGGUCGCCCCCCCACUCUUACAGCCCGGAAUACAACGCAUCCCCGGAACCGCCGUACCCCGGGCAGGACGCGCUGGGUCUGGAGACCGGGGGGAUGCAUGCCGCCGCGCCCCCGCAGUUCUACGGCGGUGGCGCGCACCUCCAGCAACAACAGGCUCCGUUCCCCAUGUGGGCGCCGACGGGACAAGUGCCGUGGGAGGACCGCAUCACCGCGGGCGCGGGAGCCUCGGCCAACGAGUUCUUAGACGCCUCGAUGCUCGACCCCCUUGCCAUGUCCUCCUCUUUCAACGGCAUGCCCCCAUUCGUUUUUCCAGUCGUGGACCCGCUGCAGCAGCCAUUCCGCGGAUCCUCUGCCUCUGCCUCUCCGGGGUACUCACAGGCUCCCAGCACCUCCCCCGAAUAUUCCUCUGGCGCCUCCCCCGCGUAUUCCUCUGGCUCCUCGCCUAUGUAUCCCUCUGGCCCUUCCCUCCCGGGCCCAUCUGCGUACCCCCAGUACUCGGACCCUCGUGAAGCACAGGCCCGCGCUCAAAGGCAACGCUACUCGAACCCUCCCAACUGGGGGCCGUACAACGGCUAG